ACUGUUUUUCUUGUUAUUUAAUUUAUAUAUACACCCUAUAAACACAUAUACAUAUGUAUGCACUUUUCUUUUUUUGCAUUUUAUAAUUUCAUCCAUUUGUUUGUCUAUUAUGCAGCCUAAAUCUUCUUUAUUUGUUUAUCCAAAGUUUGUUUUUUCAUUUAAACAUAUAGAGAGAGACUAGUAGUAAUUAUUCUCUCUAAACAACAUCACGUGCAAGCCUGUAUAUAAAAAGAGUCGACUAUUUCUCACCUGUAUUUAUCUUUCUCUCUCUCACACACCCUCCCUUUUUUCUAAAAUGACUACUGGUCAUCGUCCUGCUUCACCUGGUAGACCUGGCUCUUCAAGACCUGGUUCUCCAGGUGUUCAUACAAAAGUAGAAGAAGAUUUACAUACUAUGGCUGGUAUUGAUUAUGACAAGGUCACUAUCAAACACAAUCCUUCUGUUGCUGUACUUUAUGAAGAAGCAUUGACACACGAAUUGGGUACUGUCAUUUCUUCCACUGGUGCUCUUUGUUCCUACUCUGGUAAAAAGACAGGCAGAAGUCCAAAUGAUAAGCGAAUUGUAGAAGAAGAUCAAACAGGUCAAGACAUUUGGUGGGGUCCUGUGAAUACGAAAAUGAGUGAGCGCGUCUUCCUCAUCAAUCGUGAACGGGCUAUUGAUUACUUGAAUACACAUCCUCGUCUGUAUGUGUUUGACGGUUUUGCUGGUUGGGAUCCCAAGUAUCGCAAGAAGAUCAGAGUGAUUGCCUCUAGAGCUUAUCAUAUUCUCUUUAUGCGUAACAUGUUGAUCAGACCUACAGAACAAGAACUUGAAGACUUUGGUACGCCUGAUUUCACUAUCUUUAAUGCUGGUGAAUUUCCUGCUAAUCGUUAUACUACUGGUAUGACUUCAACCACUUCUAUCUCAGUCAACUUUAAGCGUCAUGAAAUGGUAAUCCUUGGUUCAGAAUAUGCAGGUGAAAUGAAGAAAGGCGUCUUUACUGUCAUGCAUUAUUUGAUGCCCAAGGCUGGUGUUCUCUCGCUUCAUUCUUCUGCUAAUGAAGGGCCUGAUGGGGAUGUUUCUUUAUUUUUCGGUUUAUCAGGCACUGGUAAAACCACUUUGAGUGCAGAUCCAAACCGUAGUUUAAUCGGCGACGAUGAACACUGUUGGAGUGAUACAGGCAUUUUUAACAUUGAAGGUGGAUGUUAUGCCAAAUGUAUUGACUUGAGUGCUGAAAAAGAACCUGAGAUCUAUAAUGCUAUUCGAUUUGGUUCUGUGCUUGAAAAUGUCGUAUUGAAUGAAGAUACGCGUGAGGUUGAUUAUGCAGACGACUUCUUGACUGAAAAUACUCGUUGUGCUUAUCCGAUUGAUUAUAUUCCUAAUGCUAAAAUUCCCUGUAUGGGUGGCCAUCCCAAGAAUAUUAUCUUGUUAACAUGCGAUGCUUUUGGUGUCAUUCCACCUGUUUCCAAACUUACACCUAGUCAAGUGAUGUAUCACUUUAUUUCAGGUUAUACAACCAAGGUCGCCGGUACUGAAGAUGGUAUUGUUGAACCCACACCUACAUUUAGUGCUUGCUUUGGUGCUCCUUUCCUCGUCUUGCAUCCUCAAAAGUAUGCUACCAUGUUAGCUCAAAAGAUGAGUCAGCAUGCAGCGGAUGCAUGGUUGAUUAAUACAGGUUGGAUCUCUAAUUCAGCUAAGAAUGGUGGUAAACGUUGCCCUCUUAAGUACACCCGUGCUAUUUUGGAUGCUAUCCAUAGUGGCAAAUUGGCUAAUGCUCAAUAUGAGACUUAUGAGAUCUUUGAUUUGGCUAUCCCUACUGCUGUGAAUGGUGUUCCUGACGAACUUCUUCAUCCAAGAAAGGCUUGGCAAGGUCCUUCUGGAGAAUUUGAUACAUCGCUCCAUCAUGUUGCUGAGAUGUUUAUCAAGAACUUCAAGACUUUCCAAGAUGAAGCCAGUCCUGAGACUUGUAAUGCUGGUCCUCAUCUUUAAUUUAGCGCGGGUAAAUAUCAAAUAUAUUUAUUUUCUUUGAAAAAAAAUAAUAAUAAUAAAAAUAAGG